AUGAACUCUUCUAUCGGAAUCGCACUCCUUCUCCUCUUCGCUUCUGCGCACUCCGACUCCGGCGUCAAACAAAGCAACUACAAUGAGCUUGAGAUCCGCGAGCAGAUCAACGAGCUCAACAAGGCCAGACUUGAGGUGGCGAAAAAAGAAAAUGUAGCAAACAUGCAUGAGGUGACAUUCGACCCAACUUUGGAGAGUAAGAUUAAAAAGAUGACUUGCGACGAUAUGACGGCUAAUGGCCCUGACUAUGUCGUUUUUGGUUUUCUCGAGAUAGUUGGAGCUGCAAUAGCAUUGAAAUCGAAAACCAAGGAAGUAGAUCUCAAAUUGCCACCGUUCCAUCCGCUCCAAACCAAAAUUGCAUGCGGAACCCGUGCGACAAAGUGCGAUGACGUAUUAUCAGAGAUAUGUCUCAUGGGACCCAAAAACUCCCCAGUUAAACCGUCGGAAAUCAAGAAAGGAUCCCCUGGAACAGGAUGCUCUGGUGGAGAUGGAUCCAGUGGAUUGUGUAUGGGAGGUGGUGUAUCAUCUGCAUCCACGCCAAUGACUCUCUUGUCUCUCGUAAUUGCUCUUAUCAUGGCAUAG